AACGGUGAGACGUGUGUUUGGCCGCCAGAAGAAGUUGUGCAUCUUUAUAUCUGUGAAUCUGCCAUUUGUGUUUCAGUGUGCGUCCGGAGAAACAACCACACACACAUAUAAUCACACCCUUCACAUCUGUGUACCCUGUUUGCAAAUUAAAGUGCCAUAAGAAAGGACUGUCUCCUGCUUCUUUAUUCUUCACCUAAGUCUUGGGGGAACUUAUAGACUGCGUUUACAACUCAGAGAAGCCAGGCUGCUGACUUUAAGCCUCCGUCACAUAUGGUCCUUCGAGCUGGAUAAGGUAAUUACAGAGUGAAAGUGGCUCAUGUUCUCCCAAGUGAAGAUGUACAUCCACACCGGCGAACACGGCAACCAAGAUGGAUGGAAGAUUAUGAAGGCUGCACCCUCCCACAGGUUGUGGGCUACUCCGCACACACCUCUGCUGUGAUAGAGGAGACUGACUGGAUUUGGCGAGAUGACAACCCUCAUCCAGCGCCCGCUACAGCACACUCAGCACACUCAGUACCAAUCAGGUUCUGUUGAAGGUGGCAACCACACCCUGGAGACGUACCCCAUCUUAGAUGGUGGUUCAGAAAGGAUGAUCCUUCUCCAGGACACUGUUCAGAGGCUAAAACUUCAGGGAACUCCAGAGAGCCUCACCCUGAGAACAGUUCGGCAGGACGUGAGAACACUACAUGGCUCAUUGGUGACGUUCAAGAUCUCUCCGACUGGUCAGCCAACAAAGAUAUUCACGAAUGAGAGAGCCUUCACUACAGGCGAACUAGGCCUUGCUGGACACUCAUAUCCAGUGACUGGACUUCAGCGCAAAUAUAAGCACCUCAAGAUGCUCCCCCUGCAGCCAUUCACCAGCGUCCAACCAAUCCUCUUUAUAGGCUCUGACUGUCUGCACCUGGUGGCCCCUAUCGAACCUGUUUGCCACACCCCACCUGGGGGAGCUGCGGUGAAGACCAGGCUUGGUUGGACACUGCAAGGGCCAGUCAAGCCUGUCCAACAGUGCAGCUGUCCCACAGCAGUGUCUGUUCGUGUCCACCGCCUCCCUGCAGCUGUGCUCUUUAACUAGGUAGAGAAGCUCUGGCAAUUGGACACCUUGCCGUACAGCAAUGAGAAGCUGGUGAGUAGGUCACGAAGACACCAAGAGGCCAUGAACCUUCUAGACUACGAGUGAGUUACAUGCUUAUACUCACAGUGCACCCUGAAGCAGUACUCCCGAGCCUAUGUAGCACGGAGAGACAUUUUGACAGAGACCCAGUGAAGGCAGAGGCAUAUCAGGUAGAUAUCACGAAGUUGAAGAAAGCAGGCUACGUCUCCGAAGUUAGCCGGGAGCAAGUGAAGACUUCCAAGGAAUCGUGGUUUAUUCCCCAUCACCUGGUGAAACACAACGGGAAAAAUUGGAUCGUGUUCAACUGUUCUUACACCUACAGCAAUCAGAACCUUCAUGAGCUACUGUUGUCUGGCCCAAACCUGGGUGCAUCUCUCCUUGGUGUCCUGCUGUGGUUUAGGGAACACUCCAUUGCUGUCAGCGGUGACAUAAGGGGAAUGUUCCACCAGGUUAGGUUGCUGCCUGAAGAUCGGCCUCUGCUGCGCUUUCUCUGGCAUGAUCUACAGAGAGACUCCCAACCUGGUGUACAUAAGUGGCAGGUCCUUCCCUUCAAGACUACUUGUUCCCCAUGCUGCGCCACAUACGCACUACAGAGGCAUGUAAAGGAUCACACCCACCCAGGGGGUGCAGUGCGUGAGUCCAUCGAGAACCACUUCUAUGUGGACAACUGGCUACGAAGCUUCCCUACUCAAGACAUGGCCAAAGAUGUCGCAGACAAGCUGAGGGAGCUGUUGCUGGAGGGAGGCUUCAAGCUGCGGCAGUGGGCCAGCAGCAUGCUAGAUGUUAUCAGCCACCUGCCCAAGGAGAUCAAGUCAGAGAGUAGUGAACCAGCUGCAGAACCAGCCAUGGACCGUGCAGCCAGUAAGCAGGAGGUCUACAUCUUCUGUGAUGCAUCUCAACAUGUGUAUGGCAGUGUGGGUAGAUGCACAGAAGACGCAGAGGGGUAUGUUUCCUGACAGCCCGGUCGAGAGUGGCCCCCAAGCAUCAGUUCUAUGCCCUGGUUGGAGCUGUGUGCUGCGCUCACGGGUGCACAGGUUGAAAAUGUGCUAACCCGAGAGCUCACAGUGGAGAUAUCCAGACUGGUCAUGUGGACAGACUCCACAACAGUUCUUGCUGUUGGACUCAUGUCUCUUUAAGGUGUUUACAGGAACCCAUAUUGCAGAAAUCCAAGAGUUGACUGAUAGCCAGGCCUGACACUAUGUGGAGACGUCAGAGAACCCAGCAGACAACCUCACCUGGGGAAAAUCACUGCAGAAUCUCUCAGGUGAGAAUCGUUGGAUCCAUGGACCCCCGUUUCUGUGGCUGUCACCUGACCAGUGGUCAGUGCACUCAGUCACGACCAGAGAAGACAUCACUGAAGAGCUACGAAGGCACACAACCUGCCUGAUUAGCACGUUAACUGGCACCCACCAUUCCUUACCUGAUGCUCAGCAGUUCAGCACCUUCAGUGAACUGGUGAAAGUCACUGCGGGGUACCUUCAUGGGGCGGCUGAUGCUAAAGAGACUCCUACAGCAGACAGGUUCAAGGAGGCGGAACUCAGCAUCCUGCAGCCCACUCAAAGAGACAGCUUCCCCGAAGAAGUCCAGUGUCUGUCAGCUGUCCCUGUCCCUUCCUCCAGCUGCUUAAUCACACUGGCUCCAGAAUAUGAUGCAUCGCUCCAGAUGGAUUGUGUUAUGGUUAAACAUAUCGUGAGCUGUUUUAUUGAUGGCACACACACAUAUAACCACACCCACCACAUCUGUGUACCCUGUUCACACAU